AUGGAAAAUGCUUCAUCGAGCACCUUAAAAAUGUCACUUCAAAUUACAUCAAAUGCGAACCGGUUUCGUCUUCGGAUUCUGAUCGCUCUUAUUCAGUUUACCGACAACAAGGCUCAAUUAGCAAGAAAUGUCACAAAACAACAACAAAAUUAUCCUUUAAAUCAAUUUUCAUUUCUGAAGUUAUUGAAAAGCGAAACAUUUUUAAGACUUAAAAUGAAAUUUGAAACAAAACGAUUUCUAAAUGGAGAUAAGAAAGAAAUCGAACAACGGCUAAGAAGUCGUACACCAACUGAGUACACAGAUAGCUAA